AUGGGUCUGCCACAAGACUUUUCCACUCCGGUGCCCUCCAUUGAGGCGGACUCACCCCUCUCCAAGCGUCGUCGCUUCACCCCCAACUCCCUGCCUCCCAUCAUCCCUGUCACGGACAACGCCGACAUUGAAAACCACACCUUUGACUCGCCAUUGCUCCUGCAGCUCUGCGAACAAGCCCCUGACCAGGCGGAAAUCGAGGCAGGUCUUCUCCAGGUCGGUAUGCGCGUCAGGAAGGCCGUUGCUGAAGGAUACAAGACUCAUCAAAAGAAAUUCACUCCUCGGCCCUUUUUCGACAUGCACCGGCUUUCUCCCGAGACCCAAGCUGCCCUGUGUGCUGGCAACGCUGAUACCACCAACGAGCUCUCCCCUUAUUCUGCCGCCGAGGUCCAGCCCAUCAGCACCGCCACCUUUUGUGGUGUCAGUUUGGCCUACCUCUCCCAUUGUAGCGAGGACUGGUCGAGCCCUUCGUUCACCCAGCAAUCUCUCUGGUCUUAUUCCACCAGCCACAAGCGUUCAUACGAGGCCGACUCCGACAGCGACGACAGCCAGGACUGGCAGCCUCGAACUCCAAACUUGGUGGCUGACGCGGGAGUUCACAUGCCUGUCGAUUAUUUCGCCAUCGACAUCGACACCAUGAGUGAUGUCAGCCCAAUGACCCAAGUCGGGGACCGUGCCAGACAACAUUUCAACGGUCGACGCAUGGCUCUGCCAAAGAGUCGCGGCAGAUUCUUCCAACAACCCGAGACACAAGUGCCGCCUACCUCGGCCGUCAACCCAUUCGCCAACAUGAUUGUUCAACAACCCGAAUCUCAACUCGCGAAUCAUUUUGGUCACAAGAGGAUGAUGAGCUGUGGCAUGGAAGCUGCCAUGGAUUUCGGUGAAGCUUCAUUCCUGCAACGACGGGAGGAUGUUGAAAUGGAUUGCUCUUAA